ACCACACAACUGCACAACCAGCACCAAGAGAAAUAAUGAGAAAGAUGAUGAGCACCAUGGCCCUUACGCUCGGCGCGGCUGUCUUCCUCGCCUUCGCCGCGGCGACCGCGCAGGCCCAGAGGUGCGGCGAGCAGGGCAGCAACAUGGAGUGCCCCAACAACCUCUGCUGCAGCCAGUACGGGUACUGCGGCAUGGGCGGCGACUACUGCGGCAAGGGCUGCCAGAACGGCGCCUGCUGGACCAGCAAGCGCUGCGGCAGCCAGGCCGGCGGGGCGACGUGUCCCAACAACCACUGCUGCAGCCAGUACGGGCACUGCGGCUUCGGAGCCGAGUACUGCGGCGCCGGCUGCCAGGGCGGCCCCUGCCGCGCCGACAUCAAGUGCGGCAGCCAGUCCGGCGGCAAGCUAUGCCCGAACAACCUCUGCUGCAGCCAGUGGGGAUUCUGCGGCCUAGGUUCCGAGUUCUGCGGCGGUGGCUGCCAGAGCGGUGCUUGCAGCACCGACAAGCCGUGCGGCAAGGACGCCGGCGGCAGGGUUUGCACUAACAACUACUGUUGUAGCAAGUGGGGAUCCUGUGGCAUCGGCCCGGGCUAUUGCGGUGCAGGCUGCCAGAGCGGCGGCUGUGACGCUGUCUUUGCCGGCGCCAUCACCGCCAACUCCACUCUUCUGGCAGAAUGAUGAUCGACCUUCCUAUGGCAGUAUUGCAACGACGAAUAAUCCGUGGCAGUUUCAUUGCCACGUACGGUUUCCCUUCACUUACUUUUAGCAUUAGCUAGUACUUAAUAAUUCUCUAGCUUGCAAUGUGACAUGCAGGUUACUGCAGCAGAAACAAAAUAUUGCUGUGGUACAUGCAUGGGAAUAUUGCAGUGAGAAAGUACUGUGUGGCAAUAUAGGGUGUACUAUUGUUGCCGCAAAUUUAGUUUUCUUGUUAUGACCUGUUGUCAGGAUGCAUGCAUCGCUGUUGUAAUGUUGGAGUACUUCGUGAUUUCGUUGCAAUAUAUUACCAUGAGCAUCACAUCAUUA